AUGAUCGAAUCCCUCCUAAUCAAAUGCCACAACGCAAUCUGGUCCCUCCUCCACGCCAUCAUCCUCGACAUCCCCCCAACCAGACUUCCCCUCUUCCCCGCCCUAGCAGGCUCAGUCUGGUUCUUGACGCUCGCGUCUUUGCUCCUCACGUGGAUCGCCCGUGGCAUGCCGCGGUAUCCGGGGCAGAGUAAUCCGCAUGUCGCGUUUAUCUCGGAUAUUGCGUCCUUUGAGCUCAAACCGCUGUUUCUUAUUGGAACUUCCAUGACUGCUGUCGGGUUCUUACUGACUGUCGCUGCUGUCCACGUCGUUUACUAUGAGCCGGGGUUUGCCCUGGCGCGGGCGAGAGCGAGAGCGAGAGCGAGAGAUACCCCCGUGCUAUCUCCCCAGCUUGAGAGGGCCCUAAGCAACGAUGCCCAUGCCCCCUCCAUAACCACCUGCUCUUCAACACGCACCCAGUCUAUCGGCAUCCCCGAAGAGGGGCCCCAAGAAUUCGAAGAAAGAGAAGAUGACCCCACAACCCGCACCCUAAAACUCAUCUCCCUCCUCGCCAUCCUCGCAGCCAGCACAGCCAGCACCGCGCUCAUCCUCCUCGGCGUGAUGGACACCUUCCGUUACAAGACGCUGCACCACUUCUUCCUCCGACUGUGUUUCGCCGGUCUGGCGAUUCAAUCUACCUGUACGGCUAUUGUGUAUGCUGAUGAGGUGCUUGAUUUUGUUGCUUACCUGUGUCAUGGGGCACGGUGGCAGAGUUAUACCGGAAAGAGGAAUCCGAGGGUUAGGGUUUUUGCCUCCCUCUCAACGGCACUCAUCCUCGUCGAGCUCACCCUCGGCGUCGUCUUCCUCUCGCUGAUCGUCCCUGACGACGCACAGUAUCGCACGGCUGGAAUCCUAGAGUGGGUGAUUGCCUUCCUCGGCACGGUUUACCUGUGGUUGUUUUGUGGGUUUUUGGAUAGUGCAACCCUCGAAACCCUCGUCCCGAGCGCUCUUUACAUUUCCCCCGAGCAGGGGAGAUUGUCUAUACCAGGCGAAGGGGGGUUGGCUGGGUCUGUUGAAGGGCAGGGAAAUAGAGUAGAGGGUGAGAGGGCGCCGCUGCUCCAUCCCGCCGUGAAUAGAAAAUAUACGUGA